CAAACUCAUAAAAUCACUAUCGCAUCAUGCCUCCCAAAGUAGCCACAGGUGGCGCCGCAGCCCCCGCCUCCAAGAAGUCCGGCAAGAAGUCGGUCGGAGGCAAGCGCAAGAAGAAACGUACUGAAUCUUACGCCAUCUACAUCUACAAGGUGUUGAAGCAGGUCCACCCCGAUACCGGUAUCUCAUCGAAGGCCAUGUCUAUCAUGAACUCGUUCGUUAUUGACGUGUUUGAGCGUGUAGCUGGCGAGGCUUCCAAGCUUGCCAAGUAUAACAAGAAGUCUACCAUUUCUUCCAGAGAGAUUCAGACAGCUGUGCGUUUGUUGCUACCCGGAGAGUUGGCUAAGCACGCCGUCUCUGAGGGAACUAAGGCCGUUACCAAGUACACCUCCAAUCGAUAAAUGUAUCGCCGAGUCUUACCAUACCAUCC